AUGCGUUAUGCUCUGAUCAAGUUCAGGGUAUAUUCACUCGGCGAGAAGAUGUUUUCAGUAUCAUACAGAUCACGCAUCACUGCGUACCGCAAGUCGAACUUCGUGGUGUUUUACAAGCCCGGAAAGAAUAACAUUCUUGCUGACGCGCUUUCUCGGCGUCCCGAUUACGACCACGACGCGAUGUUGGCCAUCAGCCAGGUAGUGCCGAUGAUGAAAACAAUGACAUUUGAUUGUGCUGUACCGAACUGGUGGUCAAUGCAAUGGUCUCGACACGUGUGCUAUCGGUCUCAGAUCGCUGAGUCGUAUGAUUCCUUCUACACAAAAAGUAUCUACUAUCAUCGGCACCCUAGUGAAGUGUCACUCGCGAAAAUGACGUUACUAAAGCGUGACGACAUCAAGCUUUUCGGCUUUAUGGUCCUCUACUGA